AUGAUUAUCGCAUCUCGACGAAAUUUGCAUGACAUGAGUAUGCGCAGAGCACCGGCUACCUUAUCCAGUGGCAGCCUGCGGGUUCCCUUACUCGACUCUCCGCUACCAUCUCCAAGUCUUCCCGCUGCCGUACCUCGACAGGGUAAAAAACCAUUGCCAAGAUGGUUGAUACGGCUCCGGAGGCUUGCUCUGUGGAUUGGGUGCUUGGUUGGAAUAUUCUUUUGCAUACAAUCUACCCCUUGGUUCGCUCAUCUUGACCCAGUUACGCCUGUAGGAGCUACUGGAAGCUAUGAGAUUGUUGAGAGUGAUACAUUGCCAGAAGUAGCUGGCCCAAUUCUAGUGGACGACGAGCGUGGAAGGGCAAGGUGGACUAUUUCCUUACCAGAGAAUCUCGAUUAUCCUCUCUCUCCUGCAGAAUACUCGAAAAUAUGCAAGGACGCCGAGGCAAUGUCACUCCAUCUAGCCGAUGGAAAAGAACAUAGUGGAUAUUACCACGUGGAUAAGAAUUAUAUCGAUAUUGACGAGGCGAAGCGGCGAGAUAUCAUCCCAUCAAAACUCAAUGGACGCAUUCCCAAAAAUGUUGCAGAUAACGUUGUUGGUGGAGAGAAAUAUCUCAAGAUGCGGGAUACCAUGCCUGUCUGUAAGAAGAGCUUGACAUUUGUGAUGCAGACGGAAGACGCAGGUCUGGGGGCUACCUUGAUGGGUUUAUGGAUGAGCUAUGGCCUGGCAAAGAAAGAAGGACGUUCAUUUUUCAUCGACGACAAGAACUGGUCUUACGGUCGAUAUACCAAUUAUUUCAAGCAACCUCCGUUGCCAGACUGCCAGCCUCCCCCAGUUUCGCAUAGAACCCCAUUCCCUCACCACGCACGCCAUCUUCUCAUAUCAUCGGCCACUACUCAGUGGACUUUCGGAACCAAAUUCAACGAGCGGUUUGAAAGCUCACGAAAAACAGGCGCUGACAGGCAAAAGGAGAUGUUCAAAUUCCUCCGCGCGGGAUACGAAGCACUCUUCCAUAUCGACAGCGACGAUGCAAAGUACAUUGAGCAACGAAUGGCUGAGAUACGAAGCUCUAUUCCAAAGGGCGGUGGCCCUCUGAUCAGCAUCCAUGUCCGCCGUGGUGACCGCCAUCCAUUUGAGUUCCAGUACGAGAAGUCCUACAUCCCGCUUGAUAUAUAUGUCGAUGCGGCAAACGAACUCGUCACCUCCUUUUACAACCAGAGGUCUAUAUUCUCCUACAACAUCAACGGCAGUAGUAGCAAGAAGGCCUCCGAAGCCCAGUACAGAGCUACAUCGAGCAUGAUUCUCGCCUCUGAUGACCCAGAGACUUAUACUUCUCCUGAGAUGAAAGGCAUCGUCAAGGCGCAGUCAAACCUUGUGUCAAGUGGUGACGGACCUCUGGACGGCUCUCGAGAUCUCCCUGAGGAACCCAGUGGUAAAUCCGCUAAAAUUGUUGCUAAGAAGCCCCAAAAGGACCCCAAAAUUGACUGGGACGGUGGUUUUUUCAACAGCAUUUUCUGGUCUCUUGGGGAUACCUCGCUUAUCCCUUCGGCGGAAGGCAGCCCUUCCGCGUCUCAGGGGACGUCUUCCGUAUUCCCCCCACAUCGCGUUGUCCGCGAAUCGGAAUACGAGAGACUUCGUUUCAACCCAUCUCCCGAGGCUCUCCGGUUGCGCGAGCUUGUUGCUAAAACAUACCUUAACGACCUGUCACUUCUAGCUGAGGGAGAUGGUGUUGUUUGUGCUGUGAGUAGCACUACAUGCCGGCUAUUAGCCGUCAUGCUGGGAUGGAAUAAGGCAAUUACCCAUGGAGCUUGGAAGAACGUUGAUGGGAAGAUAGACUGGAUGGGAAUUGUUUGA